GGGUGGGGACGGACGGACGCGCCCCGGCCUAUUGUAAAGCGCGGCGCGAGCGAGGGGUCAGAGCGGGGAGCGGCGCCCCCGGAAGUGGAAGUCGAAGCCGAAGUCGGAGCGGCGCUGCCUCCCGUUUUCACGCCAGCUCCGUGGAGGCGCACGAGGGGGUUCCCGCGUGGGCCUGCGUGUAGCUGGGCCGCGUCGCCAUGAGCCUGCCCCUCAACCCCAAGCCCUUCCUGAACGGGCUGACGGGGAAACCGGUGAUGGUGAAGCUGAAGUGGGGGAUGGAGUACAAGGGCUACCUCGUCUCCGUCGACGGCUACAUGAACAUGCAGCUUGCCAACACAGAGGAGUAUAUAGACGGUGCGUUGUCUGGACACCUGGGCGAAGUUUUGAUAAGGUGCAAUAAUGUUUUGUACAUCAGAGGUGUGGAAGAAGAAGAAGAAGAUGGGGAGAUGAGAGAAUAGGUGUUUUGUAUAUCUGGAAAUAAACUUUUUUUUUUUUGUUUGUUUUUCCAUAA